UUCAUUGCAGCAAUAUUUAAACCUCAAGUCAGACUUCUCUCCUCCUCACUCUCGGGUGCCCACGGCUUAUUCUCUCUGAACUCCUGUUUCAUUUUUGCAGCAAAAUGGCAACAGCUGGUAAGGUUAUCAAGUGCAAGGCAGCAGUGGCCUGGGAGCCCAACAAGCCUUUGGUGAUUGAGGAGAUUGAGGUAGCUCCGCCCCAGGCAAACGAAAUACGCAUCAAGAUUGUGGCGAGCGGGGUUUGCCACACAGACCUGUACCACCUGUUUGAAGGUAUGCAUAAAGACGGCUUCCCAGCAGUCCUUGGCCACGAGGGAGCCGGCAUCGUAGAGAGUGUUGGGCCUGGAGUCACAGAAUUUCAGCCAGGAGACAAGGUUAUCCCUCUGUUCAUAUGGCAAUGUAGAGAAUGUCGCUUCUGUAAGAGCCCUAAGACCAACCAGUGUGAGAGUGGAUGGGCCUCUGAUCGCCUAGAUGUGAUGGCAGGAGCAGACUCCAGGUUUACCUGUAAGGGCAAGAAGGUGCUACAGUUCAUGGGAACCAGCACCUUUUCCCAGUACACUGUGAUGAACCAGAUGUCCGUGGCGAAGAUCGACCCUGCUGCCCCUCUGGACAAAGUCUGUCUCCUCGGCUGUGGGGUCUGCACAGGAUACGGAGCCGCAGUUAACACUGCUAAGGUGGAACCGGGCUCCACAUGUGCUGUGUUUGGUCUGGGAGCUGUGGGUUUGGCUGCAGUCAUGGGCUGCAAGGCUGCAGGAGCCAAGAGGAUUAUUGCUGUCGAUGUCAACCCAGACAAGUUUGAGAAAGCCAAGGUGUUUGGUGCCACUGAGUUUGUGAACCCCAAGGACCACAGCAAACCCAUUAGCCAAGUGCUGGCUGAGAUGACCAAUGGAGGAGUGGACUACUCCCUGGAAUGUGUUGGGAAUGUGGGAGUCAUGCGCAGUGCCUUGGAGUCCUGUGUGAAGGGCUGGGGUGUCAGCGUACUGGUUGGCUGGACAGACAUGGAUGACGUUGCUUUCCGACCCAUUCAGCUCAUCGCUGGACGCACAUGGAAGGGCUCCCUGUUUGGAGGCUUUAAGAGUAAGGACGGCGUGCCCGAGAUGGUUAAAGCCUACCUGGAAAAGAAGGUAAAGCUGGAUGAGUUCAUCACUCACAAGAUGACCUUGAACCAGGUCAAUGAUGCCAUUGAACUGAUGAAGCACGGCAAAUGCAUCCGGACAGUCAUGAGUGUUUCUCCACAAUAAGACCAUCGUGUUGCUUUAAAUGACCCCAAAGUAAUGCACAUAAUAAAGAGAUCUUCCAAGUAAUGUACAAUAAACAUGCUUAAC